GCAGCGCAGAGUCUAAAAAUAAGCCGGAAAGUAGAAAUCUUUGGUGAAACAGCAGCGAUGAAACCCCAGUUAGCAGCAGCUUCUCUGAUUUGCAUAACCCUUUUGGUUUUGCUUCACCCAAUUCAUACCAAAGCUGAGGUUAUAACCCUAACUGCUGACACCUUCUCCGACAAGGUGAAGGAGAAGGACACUGCGUGGUUUGUGAAGUUUUGCGUACCGUGGUGUAAACAUUGCAAGAAGUUGGGGUCACUGUGGGAGGAUUUUGGGAAGGCGGUGGAAAGCGAGGAUGAAAUAGAGGUUGGGGAAGUCGAUUGCAGUACGAGUAAACCGGUCUGCUCAAAAGUGGAUAUUCAUUCUUAUCCUACGUUUAAGCUAUUCUUUGAUGGAGAAGAAGUGGCUAAGUAUCAAGGGCCGAGGGAUGUUGAAUCACUUAAGAGUUUUGCCUUAGAACAUGCUGAAGAAGCAGCAAGAAAGGCACAUCUCGGCAGCGAUGAAGAGUUGUGAUAAAUGAGAUAAAUACAUUGACUUGAUGCUGGUACAUGCGUCUAUGGUCAUCAGCUCAUUCUCACGGAACUGUUUCUGUACUUCUGUCUGGUGAAAACUAUUUGAGAACAGAUGAAUGGAGGAGGAGCUGCUUGUAUUCAUAAAUGGAUUCCGCAUACAGAUUUUGGUUGAAUGUUUGUCAUUCGAUAAGCAACAUGUUUAGGGCAAAUCUAUAAUUUUUGUAAGAAUUCAUUGUCUUAAAACCAAUUGUGAACUGAGAAGCUCUCAAUAUCCCUGUCAAUUCAUUAUCGAAUAUGAGACGUCCAUUUGAAAUUAAGGUGUUAUAA